GACAAUUAACUAUCAUACACUGGCAGAAUAGGUUCAAACCUCCAACUCAAUAAUUCACCAGUGCCAAUCCUGAUUACAUCGGCAGCACGUUAAAAAUCCCAUCUCUUGUAGGGGACAAUGCAUAGCUGAGAAAUUUGAAAAUUCUAGUCCUUUUGAGUUUGAAGCGUUUCAUCUCGCCGCGUCACCAGAUCAGUUACAUUUUGUUUUUUUUGGCAGGCUAUUGUUGUCUAAUCAAUAUGCUCGUCUUUAUUUUGGUCUCUUUUGUCUGUAGUGAAUUACUUUUGUUUGUCACAGCUCAGAACUUAUCAACUUGUCUACCAACUCUCCCCCUUUAUAUGCAUGUGUUCAAGCUCACGGUGGUCCAUAUAUUAAAGCUUUAAGGUAUCAAAAGCAGUGUUUUCAGAGACAGGCUGAUCCAACAAGUAUGGGAAGAACAGAUUAUUACAAGCCUGCUUGGGCCAUGAUUGGACUACAGUUCAUCUAUGCAGGAGUUGCUCUUUUUACAAGAGCUGCUCUCCUCAAGGGGCUGAGCCCCAGGGUGUUUGUAGUCUAUAGGCAGGGGAUAGCAACCUUGCUCAUUGCACCUAUAGCUUUUGCGUCAAGGAGAAAAAAUUCGUCCAGGUGCUCUUUGGGGUUGAAGAGCUUUGCUUGGAUAUUUCUGGCUUCUCUUCUUGGUGUUACGGCCAAUCAGAAUGCAUAUUUUGAGGGGCUCUACUUGUCAUCUUCAACAAUAGCAAGUGCGAUGACUAAUCUAAUCCCCGCAGUCACCUUUGUUAUGACUGCCAUUCUUGGGCUGGAGAAAGUUCAUAUCCAAAGCUUGACCAGUUUAGCCAAGAUACUGGGAACAGUAAUCUGUGUUGGUGGAGCCAUAUCCAUGACAUUGCUCAAAGGCCCAAAGCUACUAAACACAGAACUACUACCACCUAAGUCUUCGUUCAGCCCGGGAGGAGAAAAUUGGUUGCUGGGUUGUCUACUUCUACUUGUAAGCAGCUUUUUCUGGUCACUUUGGAUGGUCUUGCAGGUCCCAAUUUCAGCUAGCUGCCCUGAUCAUUUGUAUUCAUCUUCUUGGAUGUGUUUCUUGGCCACAUUGGAAUCAGCAACAGUGGCAUUUUUAGUAGAGAAAGAUCUAGAAGCUUGGAGUCUGAAUUCAUAUCUAGAGCUUUCAUGCUGUUUAUUCACGGGAAUUGCUUUGGCGGUGUCUUUUUUUGUUCAAGCCUGGUGCAUUUCACGAACAGGUCCACUCUUUUCUGCAAUGUUUAAUCCCCUAUGCACGGUAAUUGUGACUAUCGUUGCUGCUGUAUUCCAACAUGAGGAGACAUAUAUUGGAAGCUUGGUUGGCGCUUUUGCUGUGAUUAUUGGUUUAUAUAUUGUCCUAUGGGGUAAAGCUAAAGACGUUGAAGAGAUCAAAGAAGGGAUGGAUCCAAAGCCGCUUAACAAUCAGACAAAAAUCGUACAAGUCAUAAUGGACGAAUCCUCUGAGAAGACUAGUAAAAUUGAUCUAGAAGAACCUCUUCUGUCUGAUAAAUCAACUAAGGAUGAUGAUACUUGGAUGAAUCAUAAAUGACCAACAACUGUUUAAAAUUUAUUUAAGAAGACAAUAAUGCAUUUGUCUCUAAUUAGGAAUGUCCUGUUUGAAGCUUGUGUGGAACGAACAGGAUUCCCUUGCCAGUAAUUCCCAUUCAAACAGAAGAUAUCAAAACCAAUUUGUUAUCAACUUAUUAUAUAUACAGUAAGUGUAUGAUUUUGACUA